AACUUUUCGUGAAAUUUUUAAAGUGAAAUUUAGAGUUGUUUUUUAAUUGAAAUUAUAGAUCUAUUUGGUCUCUACCGGUAUUUGAUGUGACGUUAUAUUUUAUAUUAGUUAUAUUAGUUAUAUUUUAGUGUCAUCGCACGACCGAAAUAAUCGGUAAACUCUACAGAGCGUCUAUAUCAAUCACCAUGACCAUAUUACCCAAGAAAAAGACGACACAGUCGAAAAAUGAAGGUGAAAACACAGAUCCCAAUCAUUCUUAUCAUGGCGACCGUCAUGGACAUCAACCUCAUCCACCAGAAAGUCGCGAGAGGUUCAAUUUCUCGCCUCAAACAUGGCCACCGGCCACACCGAGAGGCGAAAAGCGACCUUCACACGCAACAUCAACAAAUUUUUACGAAUACGAGACGACAGACAGCGGACCCAGUCACUCAAAACGUCGUCAUAGAGCUUCUCCUCACAGAAGUAUUCGAAAAAAUCAUCCCCAUGUCCAUUCUAAUCAUGUUGUGCAUAGAACGAAUAAUCAGACCAAUUUUACAAAUCCCAGCACUUCGCAGAGUGGACAUAGUCCCUCUCAAGAUAGGCCAAAUAGUGCAAUGCAAGUCAAAACAACUGAAGAUGAUGGUGUCAAUGGAGGCCCUUCUGGGUAUAAUAGUGGUGACGAAUAUGAUCGUCCAAUUGAAAUGUGGACAGAAGAAGAAUUGGAUGAGAAGGAGAAAUUAUUUGAAAAGAAGUUAAGAAAGAAGGGUUUUUCAAUCAAGAAAAUGGGAGAAGAUGGCGCUUGUCUCUUCAGAGCAGUUGCUGACCAAGUUUAUGGAGAUCAAGAAAUGCACACUGCUGUGAGAAAACUAUGCAUGGAUUAUAUGGCAAAAAAUUCUGAUUUCUUUUCUCAAUAUGUAACUGAAGAUUUUGAGAAAUAUAUAGAAAGGAAAAGAUGUGAUCACAUUCAUGGAAAUCAUAUUGAAAUGCAAGCAUUAUCAGAGAUGUUUAAUAGACCUAUUGAAGUUUACCAUUACAGUAUAGAACCAAUAAAUAUUUUCCAUGGGGAAUUUACUGACAAUGCACCAAUACGUCUUAGCUAUCACAGAAAUAUACAUUAUAAUUCUAUUGUUGAUCCUUAUAAAGCCACAGUUGGUGUUGGACUUGGCCUACCUUCAUUGAAGCCAGGGGUAAACAAAAAUAAUUUUUUAGCAGAAAAAAAUUUGAUGAAGGAAGCAAUAAGAACUUCAGAAGAAUUUGAAUUAGAACAAGCAAUGUUGGAAGACAAACUUCGUGCUACAGAUUGGGAGGCCACUAAUGAAGCUAUCGAGGAACAAGUUGCUCGAGAAUCGUAUCUUGAAUGGUUGAGAGAAAAUGAAAUGAGAGCAAGGAAUAAGACUCGAUCAGCUACGGCUACAAGUAGUUCGAGUUUAGGAUCGCCUGAAAUGAAUAAUGGUGAAAUGUCACCACUGCAAUCUACUGGACGAAUAUCUCCUAGAACUCGAAGUAACUUUUCUGCAUCUAAUAGUCGUAAAGUUUCUGAAAGUCAUGUAGAAGAAAAAAUCUUAAAAUCUCCAGAGAAAGUAUCCAGUCCUAAAGCAAGCAAUUCAGGAUUGAAUAAUGAAGCUUUCAAUUUAAAUAAUCGUGAUGAAAAUGCAAUGGCCACUACCACAGCUUCUGCUUCGGCAGAUCAAUCUAUUUUAAUGGAAGAUGAAUUUUCACUUAUUGAAACUGCUAGCUUUAUGAACAGAUUACCACCUUGCAUUUUUGCUGUUACAGAUAACAGAAUGGUCAAAAACUAUCCCCAAGAUUUUUACAUUUUUGGACUUGGACACCUUGAAAUGUCUAAAACUGCAAAAAAAUUCAGGGGUAAUUUCUGUAUGUAUAGAUGUUUGUGUGGGGGACACAAUUUCAUUCACCCUCUUUGAAGCUUAAUAACUCUU